CUGAUUGGUCGCUCGCUCCUCGUGACGCAGACGUUGUGAACAUCAACAAAAGAAGCAGAGAGAAGAGGAGAAAGGAGGAAGACGAGGAGGAGGAAAGUCGAGCGUUCACCGCGGCGGAGAAACGAGAUAUGUGGAUGUAACUGUGGAAUUAACAGUUUGAACACUGUGGUGAAAAAAAAGUACCGCUCAGUUCCUCCGGUGCCGGCUGAGACAUGGACGCCUACAAGCUGAUGAAGGAGCUGCGGGUGAACUACGAGCAGGAGGCGUUUUACCUGCCCAAAGAGACGGGGCUGAGCCUCAUCGAGUCCUCGCCACAGGACGACAGGCGGAUCUCGGCCAAGUGCAGAGACGCCAAAGUGGAGGACCUGUGGAGUCUGACCAGCUUCUUCGGUUACAGCACGCAGACCUUCGUCCUGGCCGUGAACCUGCUGGACAGAUUCCUGGCCCUGAUGAGGAUCCAGCCCAAGCACCUGUCGUGCGUCAGCCUCAGCUGCCUCCACAUGGCCGCCAAGGUGACGGAGGAGGAGUGCGACGUGACGCCCGGCGACGAGCUCAUCCGCAUCGGACAGUGCCGCUUCACCGUGUCCGACCUCGGCCGCAUGGAGAAGAUCGUCGCUGACAAGCUCGACUUCAAGUCCAACGCCGUCACCGCCCUGACCUUCCUGCACCUGUACCACCAGAUCGCGCUCUCGCACUCCACCGACAGGAAGGAGACUCUGAGCCUGGAGAAGCUGGAGGCUCAACUCAAAGCCUGUUUGUGUCGAAUCUCCUUCUCCAAAGCAAAGCCGUCCGUCCUCGCAUUGUCCCUCCUGAGGCAGGAGAUCGAAGCCGUUCGGUCGGAGGACAUGUUGGAGAUCGCCUCUCACAUCCAGAGACACCUGAAGAUUGCCGACGCCGAGCUGCUGCUGUGGAGCGAGCGCGUGGCCCGCUGCCUGUCGGACUACGCCUCCCCCGAGUGCAGCAAGCCCGACCACCGGCGGCUGCAGUGGAUCGUGUCGCGGCGAACCGCCCAGAACCUGCACAGCCACCGCAGCGUCCCCGAGCUGCCCACCAUCCCCGAGGGCGGCUGGGACGAGAGCGAGAGUGAGGACUCGUGUGAGGAUGCGAUGAGUUCCGGUGAAGAGUCGCUCAGCAGUUCUCUGGGCAGCGACGCCGAAGGGAACUACUUCCCGCUGCACUUCCGCCAAAAACACCUCCACACCUGAAGGCUCCGCCUCCCGUGCCUCCUCCCCCUCUGACCCCCGACCUCCACCACCUUUUUUUUAUUUAUUGUUUCACAAGCUGCGGUGCUGGUGGAGGAAUCUCCGGGUAGAUUAGAGUAGACGUGAGUGUGUAGAUGUGUCGGUGCAUGUUGAGGUGUCACAUUCCAGAAUGAGAGAUUUUUACAGAGUGUCGUCGUUUGGGUCAGAGACACUUCUCACUCCUUGACAAAAAAAAUAUUUUGCCAAAACGUGUAGUUGCUUAUUUCUUAGAAUGUUUUUUGACUGUUAUUAAUCUACGACUGUUUUUUUUUUUUUUAAUUAAGGGUGAAGAGAAAUUGAUUUUUUUCUUCUUUUCGUGCAGAGGUCGAUAGCAGCCACACGAGAAGACGUGUUUUUUUUAUCCUGAGAUAAAUAUUAGUCAACGUUACGUCAUAUUUCUAGGAAACUAGGUGGCAGCAGACGUCUUAUUUGCACAUAUAAACAAAAAAAAUAAUAAUCUCAUUUCAAGUGUUAAAUGUUAAAACUGGAGUUUGUUCAGACGGAAACAUUUAACACUUAGUGUGUGUGUGUGUGUGUGUGUGUGUGUGUGUGUGUGUGUGUGUGUGUGUGUGUGUGUGUGUGUGUGUUAAAUUUAAAAGUUGCCAAUUUUUAGGAUGUAGCUUUAAAAAAAAGAAAAGAAGUCUGUUGUUCUGAAAGUGUUCAGAGAGAAUGUCGACUGGAACAAUGUGACUCCGACCAAGUGUCAAAAAAAAGUCUGAAAAAUAUUUAAAAUUGUAAAAAAAGUUUUAAAAUAUUGUAAAAAAAAAAUGUUAAUACAAAAACAUGUAAAACUGUAAAUGAUGUACAAGAGAAAAAUGUUAAUAGUUCUUUGUAGAUAUUAAGUUAUUUAUUAUUUUUUUGUCACUUGUACUUGAAAAAAGAAAAUCUUAUAAAAAAUGUUAUUUUUUAAAAAUG